AUGGAUGGAGGCAGCGUAGCCCAAAAACCUGCUGGUGCCAGCAUCCCACGCGCCGUCAGGGACGCCCUCUCCUAUUGGGGAGUCUUCAUCAACCAGUGCAUCUGCAAGCGCCUGGAAACCGACCGGUUCGAAUCGUUUGCCCGGCUUGCCUAUGCGAAGCACCCGCUACCGGCUGCAGCCAUUGCCGACCUGUUCCUGCGUCCCCGACCCAACAAUGACGAGAGUUUGGACCCGCGAAUACCUCCGUACCUUCAGGUUCUCAAUAAUCUGGAAUAUACCGAUGCGCCCAGCAUAUUCAGAGCUCUAUACAAGUAUUCGUCGUCACAUGCGCUAGUCGAGCGACAGCAGCUCCCUCCCAACGGCGAAGAGGAAAACAAAGCUAAAGAUGGCGCCGAUGGGGAGGGGAAAGGCUCAGGGGAAGGGGAGAGCAAGGAAAACUCGGACAAGCCUUUGCGGUGGAGGAAUUCGUACUGGGCCGAAGACCACAUAUUCUACGCGAUCACGAGAUCGAUCGUGGAGGGCCGAGCGGUAAGAGAUUCAACGACGGCUCUAGAAGUAGUGGAGAUUCUGUCGAAAUGGAUGGGUCUGUUCACGGCAGCCUCGGCGGCAUUUGCGACGGAUUUGCUGGGAGAGAUGCAGAGCGCACAAGUCGAGUUCGAGUCGUCAAGAGCCGGUCUCGUGGCCGUGCUCAUGUGUCUUCGAGACAACCCAGCGCUGCUGCACGCCAUCGCUCGCCCCAUAGCGAAAGGUAUACCGCAUCCUCGCAUGUCGCGGCAAUAUCCCGAGUAUGCCUUUACUGACCUACGGCUCAUAGCUGCCCGCAAGGAUCUCGCUGAGAACCUGUCCAACUUCGUGCCCACUCUACAUCUGGGCAACUCGAUCACAGAAAGGGGCAUCUUCGAGAAGCUGGAGAACUUCCGAACCGUGACUCUGGCAAGCCUUGACCCCAUUGAUGAAAAGAAGCAGGCGGCAGAUGCUGCAAUAAGUGAGAUCAUUGACUCGGCUGUGGGCGGCCUUGAGUCUUUCGUUAUUGAUGAUAUUCCUUUUACUAAUACCCGUGCGGGUUUGUACAUUUACGUCAGCGCCUUGCUAGUUGGACGACCAUUGGUGGAUGAUGCUACCCUCUUCAGCUACCUAACAAAUCGCUACCAGGGCAACAUUCAAGCUGCAGCAAUCGAUCUCAUUCUGGCGGCCUUUGACGUUCUCGCCAAUGCCGUCUUCAGGAACAGCGGUAAGGAGGAUGCCCAGCUCCUUCGAUCAUUUCUGAUCAACAAAGUGCCGUUGCUGCUAUGCCAACUCUUCGCCCCAGGGUUCGCAACCGCGUCGGCAGAAGUCUGCAUUACGCAGGCUCUGGCCCAAGUAGACACAAGUCUCUUCCCAACGGCGUCUCUCAUGUUUGACGAGUCACGGAACAACAACAAUAACCCAUAUACCGAGAGUGCACGGGAGGAAUUCUGUGCGGCUUGCGUGCUGCAUGGCCUCGUGGAGCGAGAGCAUGUGGAAAGAAUUCUGGGAGAGAUGUCACUGGGGUAUGAGCCAAAAAAGUACUCCAAGGACGAUUUGGUUCGGGAUUAUUUAUCUCAAACCGAUAAAAUCAGUGGGGUCGUCGCAGAUCUUGACAAGAUGGACGGGAAUGUCGGCGCUGUUUGCCAGGCAAUUGUAGAGGUCAUUCGACAACUGUGCAGCGGUAAGGAAACGAUGUCAUUGAAGUCGUUAUGUAUUGAGCUUGUACAAAAACCGCAAGCCCUCGAUAUCUUGCUCUUGUUCGAGAGAGUGCCUACUAUUUUGGCACCAAUUUGCCAGUUACUCGAUAAGUGGCACUACGAGGAGGACCAGGCAGAAUACCAACCGGUCUACGAAGAGUUCGGCGGCAUUCUUCUCUUGGUCUUCACCUUUGUCAACCGCUAUAAUCUCUCGCCCGCUGAUCUGGGCCUGUACUCUGCAAAUUCAAGCGUGCGAAAGAUUCUAAGCCGGUCUCACAUGAAUUACGAUAUGGAAGGAUUGUCCGACCAGGAGAAGCAGCACCUCGGAGGUUGGAUACAAGGGCUCUUUGGAAGCGAGGCGGGUGGCUUGGGCGAUGAGCUCAUGUCCUCGUGCCCCCCUCAAAACUUCUAUCUGAUAGUAGCACCCUUGUUUUGCAACAUUGUUAUAGGUUAUGCUCACGGACAUCUCACGGACGAAAGCCUUAAGAGUGGUGUCGAAUUCUUCGUGGAACCGUUCUUAUUACCGUCGCUUGUUCCGGCGAUCAAGUUUCUUGCAGACUACCUUUGGAUUGAUCAGAAGGAGCAAAAAGCUGUUCUCAAGGUGCUCCAACUUUUCCUGCUUCCCAACGCAAUCUCCACUGAAGCCAGUUCUAUGCUCGCAUCCGUAAAGAAGAUCAUCGCAACGCCACUUGAGCAUGCUCUUCGCACGUAUCAACGUCGUGAUCCACAAAAUCAGGAAAUCAAUCCCUUACUCAGUGCUAUCAAAGAGAGCAUCCUAAUUUCCAGGCGGACGGGCCUGGCGGAAAAUAACGAACUUGAGCAGUGGGCUCAAGCGCCACCAAGUGGCUUCUGGAGUUCGAUCAAGACUACGACUCAGGGUCUCGUCCAGUGGAGUGCACAAUGGAGCCUGCAGCCCAAUAUUAUGCCUACUACUUACACCCAUCGGCAAAUUAUUGCUGGUAUCAAGAUGAUGUCGGCGCAGAGAGUGUUGAGCGCUAUAAUAGACGAGGUCAAAACAGCGACCGAGGACACCAGGGCGCAAUCGCCAAGGGGCAACAUUCAGCCUGGUGACGUGAGAGUGCAAGCGGCCUACGAUGUGGCCACGGCGCUCAUCUGUGCACCGAACGUGACAAACGAGCCUUCGGCACCAAGCGUCGAGAACCCUGGGGAUGAGCCACAGCCAGUCAUACCAACCCUUCAACGAGCACUCACGCUACGUGACGCCCUGAGGCUGGAGGCGCAGGGUUUCAAGGCGACGCAGAAGAAGGAUCCAAUUCUAGCAGAAAUUAUUGUACGCUUACAUCGCAAGGUCGAGGCACAGAUGCAGAUUAACCUUCCGCCUGCGCCCCCGAUGCUUCCGGCGCCUGACAUGACUCUUGACAUGAGUGCCGCCCCGGAGGUCUCACUGAACGACGCAAUGGCAGCCAUGCAAAACGAUGUCGGGGGUGCAGGUCUGGACAUGUCGGGGAUCGACGGCCUUGGAGGUCCCUCGUCGGCUGGCGUCGGUGACCCGAAUGGAGACGGCGACUUAUUUGGCAUUGACAGCACCAGCCUGGAUGACUUUGAUUGGGGUAGCACAAUGGAGUUGGGUUAG